AAUUUCGAAUUCGAGCAACGAACGAUAAGGAAGUGUAAGUAUUUAAGCAUGCAACUAGAUUAUCAAUCUCUUUAAGUGAGUUUAACGUUUAAACAUGAAUAAUCCGUGGAAGCUGAUAUUUGUUAUUUUAUUUACAUGCAAAGAAAUUAUCGAAGCUCAGUUAGCGAGCAAUGAUUCUGCGAACUACGAUCUUACUAAUGUUUUAAACGAUGCGAUAUUAAAACUACUCAAUAGUACUGACUUGGUUAAAAAAUUGGAAUCAAAAAUACUCAUAGAACGCAUAAAAGAUCAAAACGAUGUAUACAAAAUUAACAAUACCCAAAAGCUACGACCAUUUGGAGAUACAAUCGAGAUAAAAAGAAUGUUUACUUUUGGAUCUAUAUUAUGUGAUAGUCUAAAGUACAGGAACCCGCCAAAUACGAUUCGUUGGGAUUUUCCUGAGAAUACAUUCCAUAUGUUCUAUGACGGGCUACAAUACUGGAGUUCAGGACACGUCUUAGUAGAACCAGAUUUAUAUUGGACUUUCGAUAGGAGUACAAGCGAAUUCAAUGUAAGAUACCACACAUACAAGAAUUUCUCGAUUAUCGCAACUAAACCGCCAGUGUCAGCAAACCAAAGUUUCAAUGAAAAUAUCUUCAUCAAUGCAUCGUAUGAUCAUUUGGAAAACCUUGAAGGUAUCAAAAUGGCAAAGUAUUCUAAACUACUAUCUUACAAGCAACAUCUCAAGUUGUCAUACAUAAUUGGCUUGGAAUUACCAUCCAUAAUGCGCCGUUUUUUCUUCGAUGGGGGCAAUUUCAACGCAAUAUUGGGCGAAAUAUUCAACCUACACCCUAAGCAGUACAUCAUUUCAGCCUGUCCCGAUUUUUUGACCCACGAACAGCGCUACUAUUACCUCCUACCAGACAUUAAUUUCGUGUACAUCAGUUUCAAAAAUAUAACCAUCAGAGGACUAUCGAAUUUCGAAUCGUACGUGAAUAAUCAAUCGUGGAGUAAUCGAUAUUUAUCCCACGACCUUGUUUACACCCUACACGUGAAGAAUGUACGAGGAAACAUGAUUUUAGAUCCCGAAUUUGAUCAUUUACAACAUUUUCAACUGAAUUUCUUCAUCGGUAAUCUUUACAUAUCGUUUGUUCCUGAGAAAGACGAAUUUCGUGUGGAAGCCCGGGACUAUUCUAUCGUUGAAGACACUCUCCAGUCCUCCACAUUGAUAUCAUCGUGGUUGCCGGAAUAUUCAACACGUAUUAUUCGGCUUAUCGAAUCAGCAAUGAUAGAUGUGAUGCAGUCAUCGAAUAAAGAUAAAGAAAAGUCAAGUUCAUUAUCAUCCGACUUCGCACAAAUAGAAACUUCGUUCGUGGAACUUUUGAAAAAAUCUCACCCUCGGACAAGAUGAUUCCAAAUCUCGUAAAUUACAUUACAGACAUGGAUCAAUCAGGUAGACACUUGGACAGAAAAAACAGACACAGCACUAAUUAAUUAUUAUAAGCAACCAUAAUGUGUAAGUUUCCCGAUUAAACAAUUUAUUCCA